GUUGACCCCGGUCUGUGGGAGGCGGUGCGCGAUUGAAGCGUAGCGAGAGCCGUCUCGGCCCAGCGGGGGCAGUCCGAUUGUGGCCGGUACAUCGGAGCGGGCGGGUAGCUUGCGCGGCCCCUGCUGCCAGGUGAGCCGGUGUCGGUGAGAGUGCGUCCCCCCUCCCCGGGUCGGGGUGCAGCAUGCCCGCGGCGGGCCCCCCGCCCCAGCUCGCAUCAUGAGGAGCGCAGCGCUGCUGCUGGCUCUGCAAUGGCUGUGGAGCGCGGCGCUGGCGGCGGCCAGUCCCGAGUCCGAGUCCGCGGCGGCGGCGGAGACAGUGGCAGAGAUCGAGGUGGUUCAGUAUCGGCACAGUCAGAACGGCGUGGUGGCGAACAACAGCACCCUCCGCCUUCAGGGACACUUCGCCGGAGCCGGCAUGAGAGUGGCAGCUGAGGGCAAACUGCUGCAGUUUCAUCCCCUGUCGCUGUGUAAUACUAGUGAAGAUGAACAACAAGACUAUGGCUUUGUCAGUAUGGUCAAACUGGAGCGUCCUGACCGAGACCUACAUCCUUGUCUCUCCCUCUUCAACAAGGCCAAGUUUGCCAUUCAGAGAGGUGCCACAGCAGUGAUCUUCGAUGUAACAGAUGAUGCAAGUGCUGUGGGUCAGCUAAAACAGAAUCAAGAAGAUCUUUUGCCUCGUCCAGUUAUCCUGAUCCAAGGCCAGGAUGCUACCGAACUGAUGAAAGUCAUCAACACUAAUGGUGAAGCAGUAGUCAGGAUUCAUGUCAAGAGCGACACACUGGGUCGGCCAGCCUAUGAUGUGGGGAUCCUAAUGACUCUGAUUGUUGCCUUCUCAGUUGUUGGCAUGAUCCUGGCGGUGAGAAUCAAGUGCAAGCAGAAUCGGAAUCGGAAUUCCUUGCAGCAGCAGACUAUCAAUGCAAUCAGCCGGCUAGCUACACGACGUUACCAAUCACGGUGCAGGUCUCAGGGUCAUGAGCGUCAGAGCAGCCUAGAUUCUCAGAGUAGCAGCAUGUCGGAACCGGUGUGUGCCAUCUGUCUGGAGGAGUUUGCUGAAGGGCAGGAUCUUCGGAUAAUUUCUUGUUUCCAUGAAUUCCACAAGGAGUGUGUGGAUCCCUGGCUUCUCCAGCAUCGCACCUGCCCCCUCUGCAUGUACAACAUCAUCGAAGGUAGUUCAUCAGUUGCACAACAUGAAGUCCAUGACCAAGCCAAUUCAGCUGCUCAGCUAAACCAGCGUGUACAUUUGCUCCGACGAUACCCUGGCCACGCGCACCUCCACAGGUCGAACACUGCCAUUCCUUCCAGGGCUCCCCAUUUGAACAAUCCCAGAACUCCAGGAAUGCAAAUUGCGCCCCCUGGCCAUUACUUUGUUACUCCAGAGGUCUACCGCGUAGGGUUUAAUACAAUGAGGUAUGUGGCCACGAGGCCGCAACAGCCUUCAAACUUGCAUAGGUGCAACUAUCGCCGUGCUGAUGGCCAAGGAGUUUUCUACAGACAUCAUAGACCCUUUACUGUUCGAAAAGGUCCACCCUGGCCAGACGAGUCUCUUCAUCGACCAUGUCUGCAUAAACCUCCCUGCAGGCCGCAGCAACUUUCUGCAUGCAGUAUACCACUAUCUUCACAUAAUUUAAAGCCUAACUGUGCUCCUGCACAUUCACAGAUCACCAGCAACCAUGACAACCGUAGCUGCUCAGGGGACAGUUUUGGUAUCAAUUGUUCGGUGCGCAGUGGUUACCUGGCAGAUAGCCCAGGUAGUGACUCCAGCUCAGGUCCUUGCCACUGCUCCUCCAGCGAUUCAACACUGGAUUGUACGGACAUCAGUAAUCAUUGUACUUAUGGGAGUCAGUCAACCUUCCGGAGCUCUCUGAGCAGUGAAUACGAUCCCCUUGUGUACUGUGGGACAGGUGGAGAGAGUAUGAAGGGUUCGUCCUUUGAAGAACGGAGACCCAAGUCACUGGACUCAGUUAGUGGCCCCCAGGAAGACCACGUGCUUAGUCACACUCACUACCACCAUCAUCGGCACCAUCACAAUGGUGAUGCUCACCCGAGUCCUGAAGGAGAACACUGUAUGAGCCCUGGCAAAAGCCCAUCACAGAAGCAGGAAAAUGAGCAGUUAGAGGAGUUCAUGAGCAACAUUCAACACCAUCAGCAGCAGGCAGAGUUCAGCUGUCAAUCCCAUUACACCCCUCACCCUGUCCAAUGUCACUGCUUGGAGCGGCACCUGUUGCUUCCCCCUGGACUCUGCCUUCCUGAAACCUCACUGCAAAAUAUGGAUGUUGAAAGGGGCGAGAGGAGGGCAGUCUGUGCCAAAUCAGAUCAAGUGCCUUCAGAAAAUAAACCCAAUCGGACCAGCAACAGGAGGAGGAGGAGGAGAAGGAAAAGAAAUUUCCAGAUGGAUCAGCCAGUGGUUUACUUCCAUCAGGACUGUGACACCCUGGAGGACUGUAGAGUGCAUAUUCACUAUGGGAACAGUGGGAGGCAGUGUCACCUCCCAGAUAUUCAGCCAUCAGUGCCAAUCCCUUUAAUCCUCAACAAUGGAGCUUCUAAUGAUUGGAGUUUCCCAUUCUGUGAGUGUCCUAGUUCCUUCUGUCAGCAACAACUGUAUCGAGUUGGUUCUGAACCACAGUUGGCUGGAGAGCAGCACAUAAACAACAUGGACCCAGGCCACCCAUUUCAAGAUAGCUGUACUGAAGGAUACUGUGAUGAAGACCCAGUACAAGACGAGCCCUUCUACUGCCAGGCAAUCCCCAACAAUCCAGGUUCAGAAUCAAAUGUGGAAGAGAUCUGUGAAGAAGCCGUGUAGCUAAUUGGACAAAGAAAGCAAGUCUGAAGAAGCUGUAUAGCUGGCGGGAUGAAGGGCACAGGAGCGAGGAAAUCAUGAAGAUAGUAGGACAUGAAGGACAUUGGCAUGAAGAAACUGUGAAGCUGGUGGGACAAGGGGACAUGUGUGAAGAAACCAUGCAGCUGAUAGGAUGAGGGGUGGUGUAAAGAAGCCAUGUAGCUGGUGAGAUGAGGGGUUUGGGUGGCAGAAUGAGGUUUAAAGGAGGAUGUAGCAACAAGGCAAAGAACAAAUUAUUUCACAAAGUUUGAAAUACUUAAUCCAGGAGCAUGAAUCUUCAGAAGCAGCUCUUCAUGCAAUGGUGCUUGUUAUUCAUUGCCAAUUAUCUACUUCACCAGAGACAUGGGGAUAUCUGUAGCCUUCCAUUAAUUUGGAAAAUUGAAGGGCUUUUUGAAGGGUCUAUUCGAGGUUGUCUUUGUCUUCCAGAAUAGCCCAAGGUACAGAAACUUCCAGCACUUGUGAUCAGACCCUGACUGUCAGAUAGUAGAAGCACUUAAAGAUAAAUGUAGCCUUACAGGGCCUUGUAUUUACCAGGGCUUCUCAGUAUAUUUUGGGUACUUUGAAUUAAGAGAAAACCUUUUUAAAGUGUUGUAUUAUAUUUGUAUAGAAAGACAUUUCAUUAUGGUAAUAUGUUCUUAAUAUAUUUAUUUACUAAUAUAUUUAUCCUCUGCCAGGGUGUGUAAUGUAAAGUGCCUUAUAAAUGAUCAGUGCUGUCACUAACCUGAUGGUCUGGCCCUAUUCAGAUUAUGCGCAAAUAAAUUAUUUUCAAUUAUGAAA